GCGGCAUUGGCGGCGUCGUCAAGCCAAACAGCGGCGGCAGUGAGGCAGCAACUGGCGAAGCAGUCAGUCAUCGACAAGCGACGAGGCACAGGACCACAGGCAAAGCAGCCACAAAAAGGGGGAGAGGCGGAGACUGAGACUGAGCAGGAAAUGCGUCCCAUUUGGGAGUCGGCCAGCAGGCCUCUCUUUGUCCGCUCCGUGUGGCAGGAGACGAUAGGCAGGCGGCACUUCAUCCUCGACUACGAGCCGCGUCAGAGGCAGCGCUGGAUGCGUCAGAGGACGCGACCGAAAGCGAACUAUCCGCAGACCCAAUCCUACGAGGAGUACGAACAGUCGCCGGAGGAAAGUAUCGAGCUUCCAGACGAGUAUCUGCUGCUGGAUGCCACCAAGCUGACCUUGCAGCAGCAACAGUCCUUCCCUGCUUUGGCCGGAAGAAUGAAUCCCACCUCAAGCUCGGCCACGGCGUUGGGCAGCAAAGAGCAAAGACAGAACAGUCGUCAGGCCAAGAGGCGCGCCUGGCUGCUGAGCAGGGGAAAGACCUACCACCUGGACCACCAUCUGGCGGAGCAUCAAUCGAGACGCAGCUCGCUGCAGGACCCCAGCACACUCUCCGUGACGGCGAGCAAUCCCGAGGAGCGUCUGGCCGAGCGAGUGCUCCACUGGCUGGACCUGGCCGGACGGACGGACAUUGUGAAAGAGGCUCCCAUCCAGCCAGUCACCAGCAGUGCCCAGGUGGCCAGGUCCAACCAGAGGAGCCAGCGCAUCCAGCACCGUGGAGUGAGCCUCAAGCGAAUGGCGACGACGGCCGCAAGCCACCAGCGCUCGGUGGCAAGAAAGCCCAGUGCCAAACCGCAGCAGACCUCUAACCACACAGUGGUUACCUGCUCCUCCACUUCCGCCUCAGCCAAUGCAAAUGCCAAGCCCAUCACUAUCAUCUUCAACAAGGAGGGCAUUCCCGUUCGCCUCAAUCGACCGGCCCGCAACAUUGAUCUCUGUGCGUUGAGCAGCAGUGCCAGUGCCACGAGACGUCUGGCCGGACAGUUGGCAUCCGCCCGGCUGUACAGUGGGGCUGCCGCCUCCCCCUCGCAUUCCGACGAGACGCGCACGCCGCCGCACAGCAGUCGGGGACUGGCCGCCAACGGUGCGGGUUCCUCUGUCAGCCUGGACAGCCGGAAGCAGCUCCACAUCUUCAUGCCCAGCUUGCCCAAGAAGGGACUGUUGCCCUCGGUUGCUGGCUCUGGAGAGGAUGCACUGAGCGUCAGUUUCAGUGAGUUGUGCCAGCUUUAGCUGGGAAAUCGCACCAUUAUUAUUAUUAUUUCUGAGUUGUAAUUAAUAAAGCCCAAGUACAUUCCAUCUUACUA